UUAACUAAAAACAGUGCUGCGACACGUGACUAAACAUUUGAUUGAAGUGUAGAGUAUGUCUGUUUAUCUUGGUGACGAAAGAGUGGUGUUUGAAGAAAGCGGCGACGAAAAAAAGGACAUUUUGGGAAACAUUUCCAGUCGAAUAAACAAAGGAGGCGAACCGCCGACGAUGGAGCAGGAGAAGAGAAUGAGACGCGAGAUCGCGAACAGCAACGAACGAAGGAGGAUGCAGAGCAUCAACAACGGAUUUCAGUCCUUGCGCGGGCUGUUGCCGCAUCACGAAGGCGAAAAAUUAAGCAAGGCUGCGAUAUUGCAACAAACUGCCGAGUACAUAUAUUCGUUGGAGCAGGAGAAGACCAGGCUGCUGAGCCAGAACUGUCAGCUCAAGAGGCUGGUGAAUCAGCACGAGGGCGGCGAGCUGCCGCCUAAGAAACGAAAGACGGAACUGAUUUUGCCCACCACCGAUUCUUCGGACGAAGGUUUGGGAUCGAUGUCGCCCGAACCUGUCAGCUUGAUCACCGUCACCAACGUUGCCGCUUCCGCCGACAAUCCCUCACAUGAUCUGAAGAGGCAGCUGGAGCGCGAGCGCAACACGCGGCUGAUGCUGGAGGAGCAGGUGCGGCAGCUGGAGGAGCAGCUGUACGCGCAGCAGCAGCAGAACGCCGCCGCGCAGAUCUACCAGCUCGAGGAUGGCGACGACCUGAGCCUGCAGCUGGUGGCGGCGGACAGCGUGCCGCCGGUGGGGCACACGCAGACGGUGGUGUGCUCGCCGCCGGUGUCGCGCAGCCCCAGUCCCGAGCCGCCCAAGCUGGUGGUGGUCCCCGAGCCGCUCGUUCCGGCGCAGCAGCAGCUGCCGCCGCCCCCGCAGAGACUGCCCUCCGUGCUGGAGGCGGCCAUCAAGGCCGAGCCCAAGGUGGAGGUGGAGCGGCUGCCGUCCCCCAACCACACGGUGCAGCACGAAGAGUCCAGCCCGAGCCGACUGUACGUGUCGAACACGUCGCGGCAGAACCUGGAGACCAUCGUGGAGGCCAUCCGGCACCUGGAGGGCGACCACAUGUUCGGCGACGAGCCGCAGCAGCCGCCCGCCCCCCAGGAAGUGCCCUUGGCGCUGACGACGCGCGCCGCCCCCGCCGCCGAAGCGACGGCGGCGGCGGCUGCGGCCGUCUGCAUCAAGCAGGAGAUGCACGCGUUCCUGGACUUCAACGUGGCGACGGCGGCGGCGGCCACGGUGGCCGCCGCCGACAGGCAGCAGCAGCAGUCGCGGCCCGGCGUCAUCGUGGCCAAGCAGGCGUCGUGAUCGGGGAUCAUACGGUACGUCGGCAGGCCGCCUGCCGCGCAGGACUAAAGAGGGAUAAGCGAGGGUAAGCACCUGCGCACGACACGCGUCGGCCCGUUGACGACAGACGCGGCAACGCCGCCACACACACACACACACCCAUCAAAACGCGCCAGGGGACUGUUUGUCGACCUUUGCGGCACCACUUUCCAAACAAAAUGAUCUCUAUACAGAUCAUUUUCUAAGCAAAGAAACUCAACUCAAACUUCAACAAACAGUCCCCUGGUGGUGCUUUUCUAGACAACAACCAAAUACCACCAGUAAAACAACUAUUUUAUUUAGCCUUGGUCGUUUGAAACUUCUCUCGACAGAUGACACUCUUAAUUUAAUUUGGCUAAAUAGUAUAAUAAUUAAUUAAACACUUUGUGGUAUUUUAACAUAAAAUUCUGAAUUUUCAAGUUGAUACUUUUUUUUUGGAAACAACAAAAUCGCGGAAAAAAUGUUACAAGAAAGUAAAAAAAUACUUCUAAGAACGUUUUUUCAGCUUGGCAAAUGAACCUAUAAA